CCGGGAAGACCGGGCGUUCCUGGACCACCGGGACAACCUGGACUACCCGGAAGCGACGGCGAGAUUGGUGCCCGAGGUACAGACGGUGAGAUUGGUGCGGUCGGGCUUCCCGGCAACAUUGGUCUGCCUGGACGGCCAGGACAACCUGGUAUGGAUGGAAUAGCCAGGAGUACCUGGACUCGACGCGCAUUACUGUAA